AACUUGGUCACACACCACAUUUGUUUUGGCGUCACUUUGAAUUUUGUAAUUUAAAAGCAAUUUUAGCAACCAUGUCUAAGAACCAGCCAAUUAGCAACGAGAUGGAAAUGGUGCUUCAGCAGGGAAACACGCUGAUGCCAGAUCUGCAUAUACGUCCCACCGAUCUGGCCAAUCCCACCGAGGCUUUCCUCACCAAAGUCUAUGUUCAGUAUUUGCGCUGCUUCGGACUACGGGCGGAUCCACCAUUUAAUGUCGACAACGAGGGCACCGAUACGUCGCGCGAGAAGCGCGUCUUCCUGGUCAAGCUGUGCCGGCAAGUGGAGCGAAUAAUGCAGAUUACCUUUCCCAACAAGACGUACACGUACCUGGACAUAAUCAGGCCAGCACCCAAGAAGACAAUCAAAACACUGGACUUUCUGUUCAACUAUUUGGCGUACUACAAGCUGUUCAAGCGUUCGGUUCUAGUGCCCGUCGAGGAGAGCAUCAGAACGCGCGAGGCGCUCAUCGCUGAAAUCACAUCCAAGCGGUGUCAGUUGGAGAAUCGAAAGGAGAAGGCAGCCACUGUUAAGGUUGACAUUGAAAACUGUCAGUUGGCCAUAGACGAGUUGCGCGAGGAGCUGCCCAAGGCUCAGGCACAGUUGGCCAAACACAACAAGACAUGCAACGAACAGAAAUCGGCGCUGGAUACGCUGGAGACUCAGCACACAGAGCUGACCAGUCAGAUCAAGCACUGGGAGCAGCUGGUCGUAGAGGAUGACCAGGUUCUCAACAUAAAGAAGCAAAUCGAAAGUAUGUCCCGAAACAUAGAGAACUGCAAGGAAGAGUUGGCCGUGCAGGAGCAACUCUUCAACGAUCAUCGCAGCAAAAUAGAAGCCAAUCUGAAUAUGGUCAUUGAGGUAGAGAAGGCCUUGGAGGUGCUGCCGGCCAGCUUGCUGGACGAUUACAAGGAAAACCUCAAGCAGCAGGAGCUGAUGGAGAAGCAGCUGCCCGCCCUGGAGGCCCAGAAUCAGAAACUUCUCAACGAAAUUGAUGUCAACAAAACGGAGCUCCAGCAGUCCGCCGAGCAGUUACAAACACGCAAGGAGAAGUACGAUGAGGAGUGCCAAAAGUUCCAGCAGCAAAUCGAUGUGCAUAAGACCGCCCUGGAGGAGCAGAAAAGAGCCGAGGAAAAGCGAUCCAAGAAUUUGGAAAUGUUGCAGCGACAAGUAGAAGAACAAGAGGCAAUGGGCAAGGUGAUUGAAGAGAUGUUGGUAGCACUUGGUAAAAACUGAAAGGGUCCACUUAAUAUAUUGAUUUUAUUCUAGAUUUUUAA